AUGUUCGGAGCUCUCCGACCCUCUUCUGUCCUUAACGGCGGCCUGCUUUGGAAGGUACCGUACCGCCUGUCCAACACGCGCAAGGCGAACCUCCGACAGCGGCUCAAGCGCGUCGACUCGGUGAUUGCCGCGGUGGCUGAGAGCGGCGUUGAGUGCCGCGCGCUCACCCGGGCACUCGAGCUGCCAAAGGAAAGCGAGAUGCCAGCGAAGGACAAGUACACCACCUACGACCCCAAGUACCAGCAGCAUAAGUGGCGCAAGGGCGUGCACAAGGUGCCCAAGUGGACUAAGUUGACAUUGCGUACCAACCCCAAGGGCUUCUAG